UCUUCAAUUCUAAUCCUACUCCCAUUCCUAGUCGUAUUCGGAUUCAAUUCAAAUCCUUAAACCUAUAUAUACACAUCAAAAUUUAAAUACCGAUCACUUUCGCUAAUUCCUCUGUUUCAUCGAAGAAUAUUUAUAAAUCCGCCAUUAAAUCCGGCGAGAAUGGAGAACAGAGCGCCGCAGAGGAAACUGAAAAUCGUCGCUAAAACUCAGCCUUUGUUCGCUCCGGCGACACUGAAGAGAUGCUCGGAGGAGGAGGAAGAGCAUUCGUGCACGGGAAGUUCAAGCUCCGUGACGGAUCAUUAUAAUGAACAGAGGAAUUGCAGGUUAAUCGGAGUGGAAGAAGGGAAUAGGGAGCAUCAUAUUAUGGAACAGAAGCUAGUGUUGGGUUUGAGGGGCGUGGGGAUGCACGCGGCGAUAGAAUCGAUUGAGAAGAAUGAGUUUUCGAGUUCGGUAAUGAAGAAGGCGAAGCUUCAGGCUUUUGGUCUUUUUGCGAAAGCGGUGGAGGAGAAGUCCGGAUUUGGGAAUGGGAAUAUGCAGUUUGCUUGGCUUGGAGCGUCUAAGAAGGAGCUGACUUCAAUUCUUCAACACGGGUUUGAUCCUUCGAUGAACAAGGAUGGAAGCUUUGGCCAUGGAGUUUAUCUCUGUCCUGAUUAUUUCCCUCUUGGAUGUUUGAAUUCAGCCAUGGCGGAUGAAAAUGGGAUGCGGCAUGUGUUAUAUUGCAAGGUGAUUUUGGGGAAGACGGAAUUGGUACGACCCGAUUCGACACAAUGGCAUCCAAGUUCUCAAGAGUUUGAUUGUGGUGUUGAUGAUUUGGUUUUUCCCAAAAAGUAUAUUGUGUGGAGUACCAACAUCGACACUCACAUCUUGCCUCUCUAUAUCAUCAGCUUCACCAUCUCUAGCCUUAAUGCUCACAAUUCUUUCGGGGUUCAAGGAAACACGGUUUCUCAAAAGAAACCAAAUUCUCCAAGGAUUACAUUUCCAUCUUUGGUUGCUGAACUCGAAAAAUUUUUACCUCCACAAAUCAUGCAGUCGAUCACAACAUAUGUGAAGGAUCACAGGGAAGGGAAAAUAACACGGCUUGAAAUGAUUAAGCGCUUGAGAAGACUCGCAGGAGAUGAAUUGAUAAUCAAAAUAGUGAAAGCCCAAAAGGAUAUGGAAACUAAUACCUCAAUGGGGAACAAGACAGGAGUUAGAAGGAAUACUUGAGUCAUGGGUCGUGAAUAGUUUUUGGAUCAUAUCAACCACCUCAAUUUCCAUAUGUUUAUUUAAUAUUGAAUGUAUAUAUAUCCUAUAUAUCUUUCAAAAAAUAUAUAUAUGUAUAUGCUAUAUAUGUUUACUUUCCCCUCUUAAUUUCAUUAGGUUUAGCUUCAAGGUGGUUGUAAUUUAAUGCUUGUAAAGAAAGAAAAUAUAUCAUAUCUUUGUUUAUGUAA